AUGAAUCGCUCAUUAACAGUCCACCCCGAACCGCACAAAACCCACGGCGUCCUCGUCCGCGAUAGUAUCAUCGGCUUCUCCGACGGCCUCACAGUCCCCUUCGCCCUCACCGCCGGCCUCUCUUCCCUAGGCAAUUCCAAGAUCGUCAUCCUAGGCGGCAUCGCCGAGCUGUUCGCGGGCUCGAUCAGUAUGGGUCUGGGUGCGUAUUUGGCGUCGACGAAUGAUAAGUGUCAUUAUGAUUCGGAGGAGCGGAGGGAGAGGCAGGAGGUGAAGGAUACUCCUGAGGAGGAGGAAGAGGAGAUAUAUGUCAUUUUCGAGAAGUACGGGAUCUCGCGGCAGGAGUCGAGGGGGGUGGUGGAAGGGCUAAAGGCUUGCGAGGAUCAUUGGGUGCAGUUCAUGAUGGACUUUGAACUCAGGCUCGACAAGCCGUCACGCAAGUACUCGUUACUCGAAGGACUGGUGAUGGGGAUCUCGUACUUCGUCGGUGGGCUCCUCCCCAUGAUCCCCUACUUCAUCUAUGUCGACGACACAAAUCGCGCACUCAACGUCUCGAUCGGCAUCGCGGGCGUCGUCCUCUGCAUCUUCGGUAUUGUGCGGGCCCGGCUUAUUGGCGCAUCCUUGAAAGACCAGGUCACCAGCGCAAUAAUGACCAUGCUGCUCGGGGGCAUAGCCGCGGGCGGCGCGUAUGGCAUCGUGUAUGGGAUCAACAAAAGCCACUUCUUGUAG